AUGGCCAGAAAUUUUACCUUUGAAGAAAUAUUCGUUAAACCAGCUAAUGUAAUGGUAGCUAAAACUAUCGUUAGUCUUAUUAUUUUUAUUGGUGCAUUCGGUGGUAAUGCUAUGGUGAUUGGAGUUUUGCUUCGUCAAUCGAGUAAGCGUAUUGGAAUUGCUGAAUAUUACAUUGCCGCUUUAGCUUUUGCUGAUCUUCUUGUUACAUCGCUGUAUGUUCCAAUUAAUUUGUUAUCUGAUUAUUUACGAGGCGCUUGGGUCUUUGGUGCAGCUGGAUGUAAAAUAAUCAAUUAUAUAAGGACCACAGCCAUGACAGCAUUAGCUUUCACCUUGGUUGCAUUAGCAAUUGAUCGUUAUCGAGCGAUUUGUCGUUCAUUCCAGUUUGAAAGCUCCAAAGCAAGGACCAAAAAAACAAUAUUACUCGUUUGGAUAUUGUCGGCAGCUCUCAUGACGCCCUACUUAUACGUUAUCCAAAGCGAUGAAUUUAAAUUGUACAAUUUUAAUGUCCAAUUUUGUCGACGUAAAUAUGGCAAUGAAGAAUUUCGUACUUUCAUGAUUAUAUUCAACUAUCUCAUCCUUUGCGUUGUACCAUCGGUUAUAUUAGUUUUUUGUUACAGCAGAAUUAUUUUACGCAUAUGGAAAUCCAUUAAAUAUCCGGUCAAUGAAGUACGCCAGGGUUCAUCGAAAAUCGAUAAUGCAAGGAAAAAAACUAUUACCACCAUUACAAUUAUGACAAUCUUAUUUUUACUACUUUGGGUGCCAUUAUGGACUAUGCAAAUAGUCUUUGAUUCCCGUCCACAGACAUUUACUACGGAGGAAAAAGAGGUAAUGUUUUGGGUCGUAUGUCUUGCUAAUUCAUGCAGUGUAUUGCAUCCUAUUGCCUAUGCAUUUUCUGGAGGUAAAUUCCAAUCUAAAAAGAGCCAAACCGUGACACGAAUGUCCACAAUUCGCUAG